AUGGCGGUGAACCGGAUAAAGGGCGCGUUCGCGGUCCCUCGUAAGGGCGAGACCUUCGAGCUGCGUGCCGGGCUCGUCUCGCAGUAUGCGUACGAGAGGAAGGAGGCCAUCCAGAAGACCAUCAUGGCCAUGACCUUGGGCAAGGAUGUCUCUGCCCUGUUUCCCGAUGUCCUCAAGAACAUUGCCACGGGCGACCUGGACCAGAAGAAGCUUGUCUAUCUAUAUCUGAUGAACUACGCGAAAUCACAUCCGGACCUUUGCAUUCUCGCUGUCAACACAUUCGUACAAGACUCAGAAGACCCGAACCCACUUAUAAGAGCCCUGGCCAUACGAACAAUGGGCUGCAUUAGGGUGGACAAGAUGGUGGACUACAUGGAGGAGCCCCUGCGGAAAACCCUCCGAGACGAAAGUCCGUACGUGCGCAAGACGGCGGCCAUCUGUGUCGCCAAGCUGUUCGACCUCAAUCCGAGCAUGUGCAUCGAGAACGGCUUCCUCGAGAUCCUGCAGGAAUUGAUUGGCGAUCCGAACCCCAUGGUGGUCGCAAACUCGGUCCAGGCGUUGUCUGAGAUCAACGAGACCGCGCCCGAGACAAAGGCACUCGUCGUGACGCCGACAACCCUGAAGAAGCUGCUGAUGGCCAUUGCCGAGUGUACGGAGUGGGGACGAGUUACUAUCCUGUCGACGCUGGCGGACUAUCCACCCGCAGACGUUAAGGAGUCGGAGCACAUUUGUGAAAGAGUGGCGCCGCAAUUCCAGCAUGUUAACCCCAGCGUGGUGUUAGCGGCUGUCAAGGUGGUGUUCAUUCACAUGAGAAUCAUCAGUCCGGAGCUGGUGCGGCAGUAUCUUAAGAAGAUGGCUCCUCCUCUAGUGACCCUCGUUGCAUCCGCUCCCGAAGUCCAAUACGUCGCUUUGAGAAAUAUCGACCUCCUCCUGCAAGCCAAGCCCGACAUUCUCAGCAAAGAGCUCAGGGUGUUCUUCUGCAAGUACAACGACCCUCCGUACGUCAAAAUGCAGAAGCUUGAGAUCAUGGUACGGAUAUCGAACGACAAGAACUUCGACCACCUGCUUGCCGAGCUGAAGGAGUACGCCCUCGAAGUCGACAUGGACUUUGUGCGCCGCGCGAUCAAGGCCAUUGGGCAGGUGGCCAUCAAGAUCGAGAGUGCAGCUGAAAAGUGCGUCAAUGCUCUCCUGGACUUGAUAGCAACCAAAGUCAACUACGUUGUGCAGGAGGUCAUAGUGGUGAUUAAGGAUAUUUUGCGGAAAUACCCGGGCUAUGAAGGAGUAAUUCCUACUCUGUGCAACCAUAUUGAUGAGCUGGACGAGCCGAACGCACGAGGAUCGUUGAUCUGGAUCGUGGGAGAGUACGCGGAAAAGAUCAACAAUGCAGAUGAGAUAUUGGCUGGGUUCACGGACGAGUUCAUGGAAGAAUUCACACAGACACAACUGCAGAUUCUCACAGCAGUGGUGAAACUGUUCCUCAAGAAACCAAGCAACAACCAAGGGCUUGUGCAAAAGGUGCUGCAACAAGCAACGGCGGAUAACGAUAACCCAGACAUCAGAGACCGAGCCUACGUUUACUGGAGACUGCUGUCAGGGGACCUCGAUGUUGCCAAGAACAUUAUCCUCUCUCAGAAACCCGCAAUCUCCACAACGAUCUCAAGUCUACCUACCGCCUUGUUAGAGCAACUCCUCGGCGAGCUGUCUACCCUCGCAUCAGUCUACCACAAGCCGCCGGAGUCGUUUGUUGGCAAGGGCCGCUUCGGCGCCGACGAGAUCCAACGCGCCGCCAUCCAGGAACAGCGCCGCGAGGCCGCAGACAACCCCAUCGCCGCCUCAGUCGCAGCAGCAGCCGCCAACGGCGGGGGCGCUUCAUCACAAAACAACGUCGAGAACCUUCUGGACAUCGACUUCGACGGCGCGGCGCCGGCCUCGCAGGAGCAGGCAAGCGCCGCGGCCACGCCAGACAGGGUCGCGAGCCCGGCGGUCGGCACACCUGGCGGUGGCGCGUCGGGCGGCAUGGCGGACAUGAUGGGGCUGUUUGACGUGAGCUCACCAGCACCAAGCUCGUCGGCCGCGCCGCCGAUGGGUGGUGCCAUGGGCGACAUGAUGAACGGCUUCGCGGGCAUGGACCUGACUGGGACCAGCGCACCGCCUCCGCCGGGACAGCAGCUGCACCCGCAAGGGACGGGCGGCCAGCCCGCACAGAGUGGCGGUGGGAGCGAUGACCUGCUAGGACUGUUUUAA